AAAUCAAGAAGCUGGGCCCGAACGACCCCUUUUUUUCGUUCGAGUUCUUCCCGCCCAAGACGGAAAACGGAUUGCGCAACCUGUACGCGCGGCUCACGAGAAUGUCGCUUUUAGGCCCGCUUUUUGUCACCGUCACUUGGGGGGCAGGCGGCACAACGGCGCACAAGACGCUGGAUCUUGCGGUGACGUGCCAGGAGGAGCUUGGUCUGACCACGUGCCUGCAUCUCACGUGCACCAACACCUCGAAAGAAGUCAUUGACGACGCUCUUGAGCGGGCCAAGAAAGCAGGAAUCCGGAACGUGCUGGCUCUCAGAGGCGACCCUCCUAGAGACGGCAUGGAUCCCGAACGCAACGGCCACUUUAAAUAUGCCGUUGACCUUGUGCGGUACAUUAGAGAGCAGCACGGCGACUAUUUCUGCGUCGGAGUGGCGGGGUAUCCGGAGGGCCAUGUGGAGGGGGCCGACAACAGCGACCAGGACAUGAAAAAAGAUCUGCCUUAUCUGGUAGAGAAGGUGAACGCUGGGGCAGACUUUCUAGUGACGCAGAUGUUUUACGACGCGGACAAGUUUGUGCAUUACGUGAAGACGGUGAGGUCGACGGAGGAGAUCAAAAACAAGGACCUGAUUAUAAUUCCUGGUCUGAUGCCAAUCAAUGGUUAUAGCAUCUUUCAGCGCGCGUCGAAACUGAGCCACGCGUCGAUUCCAGAGCCGCUGCUGGAGAAAUUCCCCGAAGACAUUCAGAAUGAUGAUGACAAGGUCAAGGAGAUUGGAGUUGACGUGUUGUCGGAGAUGGUGUCGAAAAUUCACCAAGACACGAAUGGCGAGAUUCGCGGCUUCCACUUUUAUACCCUAAACCUGGAGAAGUCGAUUGCACAGAUCAUCAACAAAAACGAGCUUCUUUCGCAGGUGCUGAAGAAGAAAGAGGAAGAGGAGGAGCUUGAGGAGGAAACGGUGUCUGACGAGGACAUUGACGAGGCUACAACAACAGCAAAAAGAGCAGCAUAUGCUGACAGGUUCCGCCAGGUGAAUAACCAGGUUAUAGUGAAUGCUCCAAUGAGCCGUUCGGGGACUCGAAACUCGAUGUCGCAGGUCAAGACGAUAGUCUCGAUCUCGUCGGGUAAGGGUACGUUGGGCAAGGACGCCACAUGGGACGAUUUCCCUAACGGACGGUUUGGAGACUCACGCUCACCUGCAUAUGGUGAGAUAGACGGUUAUGGCCCUUCGCUGAAAAUGACUUCUUCCAAAGCUUACGAGCUUUGGGGGUACCCUGAGAGCUUGAAGGACAUUUCUAAGAUCUUCACCAACUACCUGAGCGGCAAGAUCAACGCGCUUCCGUGGUCGGAAUUGGGAUUGAACCCGGAAACAGCGCUGAUUCAGGAGGAGCUUAUUCGGCUGAACGAGCUGAACUGGUUUACGGUUUCGUCGCAGCCGGCCACGAAUUGCAGCAAGUCUAGCGACAAGAUUUUCGGAUGGGGUCCGAAGAACGGCUACGUUUACCAGAAGGCGUUUGUGGAGAUGUUCAUUUCGAAAAAAGACUGGGAGGCGUUGCUGCCUAGACUAGAUGCCAACGAAUACGUUACAUACUAUGUUUCCGACAGCAGCGGGGGCUAUGCGUCGAAUUUACCUGGGCAGAAGAGCAACUGUGUUACGUGGGGGGUUUUCCCCGACAGAGAGAUUGUACAAACGACCAUCAUCGAAGAGGAGUCGUUCCGUGCAUGGAGCGACGAAGCGUUCAACAUCUGGCGAGAAUGGCAGAUGUUGUAUGCGCGUGGGUCUGUGUCGCACAAGCUGAUCUCGCAGGUGCUGGAGCAGUACCUGCUGGUAAGCGUGAUCCACCACGACUAUCCGAAUGAGCAGGCUCUGUGGGAGCUGUUGCUGGAGGAGUAAAGCCUGAAGUGUAUAAUUUACCCGGUGUAAUUUAUCUCACGCUUGAAAUUCUGCAGCUCACGACGGUAUAAGUCUUGGUUCAUGUGGGGUAGUUCGCCGCCUAGAAAGCGGCAGGUGGAAGAUGUGAGCUGGAAUGCCGAGCCGAACAUCACUGUGGUGUCUUUUUGCACCAGCAAUUUUGAGCCGAGUCUGACCGGGUACAGAUCCGGGCUACUCCGUAAAAACGGCAGAGGCUCAAUCUCAUGUGCGUAGCAGAAAUUCCCGUGCGCGUCCUGGAGCGUGAGCCGGUACGUGGGGGAAGCUGCCUGCGUGGGCCAGUGUUCUUGCGCGUCGCCGUCGACGUUUGCGGACCGGAUGACCUUUUGUUUGCGCGGGCGCGACUUGGUCUGGCGGUCGUAGAAGCCCUCGUUCGCGUCGAUCAGCUCGACUAGGCUCUCGAUGUACGAGAUCGCGGACCGCGACACGUCUCUGAUGGCGACUAUCUGGAACAGUGUGUCAGAGGCGAGUGCAGACACGUACGGCGGCGUGGGUUCUGCCACUGGCACAAACGGAAUUAGCAGGUGUUUGACUCCGUCGCAUCGGGCUUUUGUCAGAUCCAGUGACCGGAGAUCCUCCAUCGGGAAGGGUCUUAUCACGAAUUUUUUAGGGCGUAAAUUAUCAGUCGACUGCUGGACGCGCAUAGUGGAGAGACAUUUCGGAAAAAAAAUUGCAGAGCGUGCAUGACAGCUGCACCGCCGCGCUUACUUCCUCACGGAGACAAUAAUGGAGUUGCAGCCUUUGGUGAAAAUCGACUGACCAGGCGUCACUCGUGCGGCUCGGGAUGCCCAGAUCGGUGGGGAACUCCAGCCUAGUUAAAUAUAUUAUAUGUCUUG